UUUGAAGCAACAGUUAAAUGUCACAAAGUGCUAUUGUAAACAAAAGGCGCUGGAUGUACCUUGGACCAUUCAUUAUUUAGAAGCGGUUUGCCAUUUCCAUACUGAACAACCGAUCUACAACAGAUCUACAGUAAGCCUCGCUCACGAGAAACAAUUAGCCGGCUAUUGAAAAAGGAACAAGUCGCAUGUGGACAUAAUGGAACAACCUGCACCAGCUAAUAUUCCAGCACAACCAGUCAAUCCAGGAACCUAUUUGGAGCAGUCUCAGGACAGACAUCAUUGGGACCACCCUCCAGAUUACCCAGAUCCAGGGUACACAUCCCAGAGUUACACGCAUCAGGGACACCUACCAAAUGAACCACAUCAAGUCUUCACAGGGCUUCCUGCCACAUCUCUGGAUGAUGCACCCCCAGAAUAUCAAAAUGAAUUUGCCAAUGAAACAGAGAAGAACUUUUCAGACACAGUCAUAAGGAGAGCUUUCGUUAGAAAAGUGUUUCUCAUUUUAAUGGUUCAAUUGUUAAUCACCAUAGCAAUAAUCUGCACUUUUCUUUAUUGGGAAGCCCUGAAUGUGUGGGUAACCAAAACUUAUUGGUUAACAUAUGCCUUGAUUCCUGCCAUCUUCAUUUUAAUUAUUAUCUUGUCAUGCUGUGAUGGUGCACGACGGAAAUCUCCAUGGAACUUUGUGCUUCUUUUAUUAUUUACUAUCCUGGAAGGUUUGAUGUUAGGAGCAGUUUCCGUUUCCUUUGGUGCUGAUGCGGUGAUGUGGGCUGUGGGUGCUACUGCGUUUGUGUCGUUAGGACUGACAAUAUUUGCCUUGCAAUCCAAGUGGGAUUUGACCAAGGGACGUGGAAUUUUGCUCGUGCUCCUACUGGUGUUAUUAUCAUUUGGAAUUCUGUGUGCCAUAAUACAAUCAUAUUGGCUCCAAAUAGUUUAUGCCUCCUUAGGAACAUUGAUUUUUUCUGUUUACCUGGUGAUUGACAUACAAUUAAUGCUGGGAGGAAAGCACAGAUACAGCCUUAACCCCGAGGAAUACAUUUUUGCUGCUCUGAACCUUUACCUCGACACUGUGAAUCUCUUCUUGUUCAUACUUCAACUUAGUCGUUAAGGAAUAAAAAUGAAGUACG